GGCGACGCCCCUAACGCUGUGAGCGCCGUGUACGUGCCUGGCCCUGCUCCCGCCUCUGUUCCUGCAGCCUAGAGGCAGGCUGUCGACUAUUCAAUAACCGCGCUCUGCAUUGGACACGGUCGUUUCGCACUGAGCCAAUCGGCGUCACCCUAUUUACAACAUGGCGGCGCUCCUUGAUCUGGCACUGGCUUGGUCCCGCCAUGUUAGCCUUUAUUUCGGCCCGCCAGGCUGGUCUCGACGAUCCUCUGCGGUUGCGGCGGGCUGAGUCCACCCGGAGGGUACUAAGCUUGGAGUUAAACAAAGAUAGAGAUGUGGAAAGAAUCCAUGGAACUGGUGUUAACACCCUGGAUAUUGAACCUGUUGAGGGAAGAUACAUGUUAUCAGGUGGGUCAGAUGGUGUUAUUGUACUUUAUGACCUUGAAAACUUCAGCAGAAAACCAUGUUAUACGUGUAAAGCAAUUUGUUCUGUGGGCAGGAGCCAUCCUGAUGUACACAAAUUCAGUGUAGAGACAGUUCAAUGGUACCCUCAUGACACUGGCAUGUUUACAUCAAGCUCAUUUGAUAAAACACUGAAAAUAUGGGAUACAAACACAUUACAACCUGCAGAUCUGUUUAAUUUUGAGGGAACAGUUUAUAGCCAUCAUAUGUCUCCAGUUGCUACCAAGCAUUGCUUAAUAGCAGUUGGUACCAAAAGCCCCAAUGUACAGCUUUGUGACUUGAAGUCUGGAUCCUGUUCUCAAAUUCUGCAGGGUCACAGACAGGAAGUGCUGGCAGUGUCCUGGUCCCCACGUUCUGAGCAUGUCUUGGCAACUGCAAGUGCUGACAGUGGAGUAAAACUCUGGGAUGUGAGGAGAGCAUCUGGAUGUCUGAUUACUCUUGAUCAGUACAAUGGGGAGAAGUCAAAAGCAUCUUCUGAAGCAGCAAACACUGCUCAUAAUGGAAGAGUUAAUGGCUUAUGCUUUACAAGUGAUGGGCUUCAUCUUCUGACUAUUGGUACAGAUGACCGGAUGAGACUCUGGAAUAGUUCCAGUGGGGAAAACACACUGGUGAACUAUGGGAAAGUCUGUAAUGAAAGCAGAAAAGGACUAAAAUUCACCAUUUCUACUGGAUGUGAUCCAGAAUUUGCGUUCGUACCAUAUGGUAGCACCAUUGCUGUUUAUACAAUCUACUCGGGAGAACUGAUAACUAUGCUUAGGGGACAUUAUAGUACUGUUGACUGCUGUGUAUUUCAGCCUAAUUUUCAGGAACUAUAUAGUGGUAGCAAAGAUUGCAAUAUCCUUGCGUGGGUUCCAGCUCUACGAGAGCCAAUGUCUGAUGAAGAUGCUGAAAAGCCACACUUAAAUCCAGCAUUUGAAGAUGGAUGGAGCAGCAGUGAUGAUGAAGGAUGAAUCUCAAUUAGCUGUUGAUAUAAAACUGACAUUCAUGCACCAUGUUUGUGAAGAAAGGACUUUAUCUGCAGAAUUGAACAAGUAUUUGUCAUAAGCUUCUUUGUAGAAUUUCUUAAAGCUCAGGCUUUCAAAAAUGAGAUUUUCUUGUAAAGUUACUUUCUUGUACUGUCUUAAUGUUUCUUCUGUGUUAUUACUGUAUUUUGAAAUAGCAUUGUUUUAUUUCACCUGGCCUUCUCACUCUCUUCCCACCCCCCAAACUUUAGGCAAAGCAAUUUGGUAUAUUGUAGCUAGUUGUUAAGCUGCAUAUUAAGAAAAGCAAAAUUUCUGAUGAUCAGAUGCUAGUACACCCCAUCCCUCUUCUGGUGUCACUAAAAUAGGGAGGCCUGAUGAUUCUGUCUAUUUUCAGGGGAUCUAAAUGGGGCAGAUUGAGACUAGAUGAGUGUGGAGAGGAGCUGGGGUGUGUAAGUCCCAGUUGCUUUGUAUUAUCCCCAUUUUACAGAUGCCUCUCCAUGAGUGCAUUAUGGAAUCCAGCUUCCUCAAUUAAAAUUGAGGUAUUAUCUAUCUAAGUAUUUAUAUAGCCCCCAUCAAUUUAAUAUCUGACUCCAUCCCAGGUAUUUAAAAAUAAAAGCAAAUUACAUGGAAUAGGAUCUUAUUGAUCCUGUUAAUGUAAUCAUAAGAUCAGUGGGCAUCCUCUGCUGCAUGAAACUCCCCCAAGUGGAGGGGAGAAUUCAUGGAUAGCGGCAGGCAAACACUGAAUGGACUAGGCUUCUGUGACAGCCAAAGAGUCAGGAGGAGAAAGGGAAACCUAGUGCUGAGUCACUGGGCUUCUGCCAAUGUGCUGUGACUUAGGAGGUUGAACCUCCUGCCUGUUCUGGGUGUGCAAGACCUGCUCUCCUUUUCUCAACAAGACGAUUGAGAGGAAUCUCAGCAAGCUGAGAGUCUCCUGUCUGUGCUGGGUGUGUUUUCCCUCUUUUGUUAUAACAUAGCCUUAUGGAUUUAAUAAAUCUCAAGUCAGAAGAAAAAUUUGAAUAAAAUGGAAAUGUAAAAAACA